UAAAUCAUAAAUCUCAUGAAACAUCUCUACCAGAAAAAAACCCACAGAAAACUCUUUGAUACAUCUGGUUCUCUGCUACCUACAACUGCUUUGUCAGAGACCCUUCAGCACUUCCAUAGAGCCAUCCCACUAGAGGUCACAGAUCACCAAAACCCUACAGAAACAGGAAAUCGAACUUCCUGAGCACACUACAAAACACAGAAACCUGUUUCCUCUACACAUCUCAAAUUGGCAAAGCUUGGUCUUAGCAGAUUCAGUGUGGAAGCAGCUAUCAAAAAGGCCACACGCAUUUUGUCCCCAAAUUUCACAUGAGCUACCUUGCUUCAAACUACUGAGAUGAAGGGGGCAAGAUUAUUUGUCCUGCUUUCUAGUUUAUGGAGUGGGGGCAUUGGCCUUAACAACAGUAAGCAUUCUUGGACUAUACCUGAGGAUGGGAACUCUCAGAAGACUAUGACCUCUGCUUCAGUUCCUCCAAAUAAAAUACAAAGUUUGCAAAUACUGCCAACCACUUGGGUCAUGUCAGCGGAGAUAGCUACAGCUCCAGAGGCAAGAACUUCUGAAGAGAGUCUUCUUCAAUCAACACUGCCUCCCUCAGAGACAAGUGCACCUGCUGAGGGUGUGAGAAACCAAACUCCCACAUCCACAGAGAGAGCAGAAGGAGUGGUCAAGUUGCAGGAUCUUACCCUCCCAACCAAAGCUAACAUCGAGUUCAAUCCUGGAGCAGAACCAGUGGUCCUUUCCAAUUCCACACUGAAAUUUCUUCAGAGCUUUGCCAGAAAGUCAAAUGAACAAGCAACUUCUCUAAAUGCAGUUGGAGGUGUUGGAGGCACUGGAGGCGUCGGAAAUCGAGCCACACGGGAAACAUACCUCAGCCGGGGUGACAGCAGUCCCAGCCAAAGAACUGACUACCAAAAAUCAAGUUUCGAAACAACUAGAGGAAAGAAUUGGUGUGCUUAUGUACACACCAGGUUAUCUCCUACAGUGAUAUUGGACAACCAGGUCACUUAUGUACCAGGUGGGAGAGGACCUUGUGGCUGGACCGGUGGAUCCUGUCCUCAGAGAUCUCAGAAGAUAUCCAAUCCUAUCUACAGGAUGCAACAUAAAAUUGUCACCUCGUUGGAUUGGAGGUGUUGUCCUGGAUACAGUGGGCCGAAAUGUCAGCUAAGAGCCCAAGAACAGCAACAUUUGAUACACACCAACCAGGCUGAAAGUCAUACAGCUGUUGGCAGAGGAGUAGCUGAGCAGCAGCAGCAAGACUGUGGUGACCCAGAAGUGAUGCGAAAAAUGACUGACCAGGUAAACUACCAGGCAAAGAAACUGACACUUCUGCAGAACAAGAUUGACAAUAUUUCUUUGACUGUGAAUGACAUAAGGAACACUUACUCUUCCCUAGAAGGAAAAGUCAAUGAAGAUAAAGGCAGAGAAUUUCAAUCUCUUCUAAAAGAUCUAAAAUCAAAAAGCAUUAAUGUACUGGUAAGAGACACAGUAAGAGAACAAUUUAAAAUGUUUCAAAAUGACAUGCAAGACACCGUAGCACAGCUCUUCAAGACUGUAUCAAGUCUAUCAGAGGACCUUGAAAGCACCAGGCAAAUAAUUAAAAAAGUUAAUGAAUCUGUGGUUUCAAUAGCAGCCCAGCAAAAGUCUGUUUUAAUGCAAGACGAUCGGCCCACUUUGACUGAUAUAGUAGAUCUAAGGAAUCACAUUGUGAAUGUAAGGCAAGAAAUGACUGUUACAUGUGAGAAGCCUAUUAAAGAACUAGAAGUAAAGCAGACUCAUUUAGAAGGUGCUCUAGAACAGGAACACUCAAGAAGCAUUCUGUAUUAUGAAUCCCUCAAUAAAACUCUUUCUCAAUUGAAGGAAGUACAUGAGCAGCUUUUAUCCACUGAACAGGUAUCAGACCAGAAGAAUGUUCCAGCCAUUGAGUCACUUAGCAAUAAUGUCACUGAAUACAUGUCUACUUUACAUGAGAAUAUAAAGAAGCAGAGUUUGAUGAUGCUGCAACUGUUUGAAGAUUUGCACAUUCAAGAAAGCAAGAUUAACAAUCUCACCAUCUCUUUAGAGAUGGAGAAAGAGUCUCUCAGAGGUGAAUGUGAAGACAUGUUAUCCAAAUGCAGAAAUGAUUUUAAAUUUCAACUUAAGGACACAGAAGAGAAUUUACAUGUGUUAAACCAAACAUUGGCUGAAGUUCUGUUUCCAAUGGACAAUAAGAUGGAUCAAAUGAGUGAGCAACUAAAUGAUUUGACUUAUGAUAUGGAGAUCCUUCAACCCUUGCUUGAGCAGGGAGCAUCACUCAGACAGACAAUGACAUAUGAACAACCAAAGGAAGCAAUAGUGACAAGGAAAAAGAUAGAAAAUCUGACUAGUGCUGUCAAUAGUCUAAAUUUUAUUAUCAAAGAACUUACAAAAAGACACAACUUACUUAGAAAUGAAGUACAGAGUCGUGAUGAUACCUUAGAAAGACGUAUCAAUGAAUAUGCCUUAGAAAUGGAAGAUGGCCUAAAUAAGACAAUGACUAUUGUAAAUAAUGCUAUUGAUUUCAUUCAAGAUAACUAUGCCCUAAAAGAGACUUUAAGUACUAUUAAAGAUAAUCAUGAGGUCCAUCAUAAAUGUACCUCUGAUAUGGAAACGAUUUUGACAUUUAUUCCUCAGUUCCAACGUCUGAAUGAUUCUAUUCAGAUUUUGAUCAAUGACAAUCAGAGAUACAACUUUGUUUUGCAAGUUGCCAAGACCCUUGCAGGUAUUCCUAGAGAUGAGAAACUAAAUCAGUCCAACUUCCAAAAGAUGUUUCAAAUGUUCAAUGAAACCACCUCCCAAGUGAGAAAUUACCAGCAAAAUAUGAGUCAUUUGGAAGAAAAAAUGCUGUUAGCCACCAAGAUUUCCAAAAAUUUGGAAACUCGGUUGCAAGACAUUGAGUCUAAAGUUACCCAGACGCUCAUACCUUAUUAUAUUUCACUUAAAAAAGGCAAUGUGGUUACAAAUGAGAGAGAUCAGGCUCUUCAACUGCAAGUAUUGAAUUCUAGAUUUAAGGCAUUGGAAGCAAAAUCCAUCCAUCUUUCAAGUAACUUCUUUUUGCUUAACAAAACUCUCCAUGAAGUUUUAACAAUGUGUCACAAUGCUUCUACAAGUGUGUCAGAACUGAAUGCUACCAUACCUAAGUGGAUAAAACGUUCCCUGCCAGAUAUUCAACUUCUUCAGAAAGGUCUGACAGAAUUUGUGGAACCAAUAAUUCAAAUAAAAACUCAAGCUGUCCUCUCUAAUUUAACUUGUUGUAUAGAUCAAUCAUUGCCUGGUAGUCUGGCAAAUGUUGUCAAGUCUAAGAAGCAAGUAAAAUCAUUGCCGAAGAAAAUUAAUAUGCUUAAGAAACCAACGGUAAAUCUUACCACUGUCCUGAUAGGCCGGACUCAAAGAAACACAGACAACGUAAUAUAUCCUGUAACAGAGGAGUAUUCAAGCUGUAGUAGGCAUCCGUGCCAAAAUGGGGGCACAUGUAUAAAUGGAAGAACUAGCUUUACCUGUGCCUGCAGGCAUCCUUUCACUGGUGACAACUGCACUAUCAAGCUUGUGGAAGAAAAUGCUUUAGCUCCAGAUUUUUCCAAAGGAUCUUACAGAUAUGCACCUAUGGUGGCAUUUUUUGCAUCUCAUACAUAUGGAAUGACUACACCUGGUCCUAUCCUGUUUAAUAACUUGGAUGUCAAUUAUGGAGCUUCAUAUACCCCAAGAACUGGAAAAUUUAGAAUUCCAUAUCUUGGAGUAUAUGUUUUCAAGUAUACCAUCGAGUCAUUCAGUGCUCAUAUCUCUGGAUUUUUAGUGGUUGAUGGAAUAGACAAGCUUGCAUUUGAGUCUGAAAAUAUUAACAGUGAAAUACACUGUGAUAGGGUUUUAACUGGGGAUGCCUUAUUAGAAUUAAAUUAUGGGCAGGAAGUCUGGUUACGACUUGCGAAAGGAACAAUUCCAGCCAAGUUUCCCCCUGUGACUACAUUUAGUGGUUACUUACUAUAUCGUACAUAAGUUAGUAUGAAAAUCAGACUAUCACCUUUAUUGAGAAAUAGCCAGUGUUUUCAUUUAUCUUUGCUUGCACAUCUGCUCUGUUUUGUUUUUUUCUACAGGAAAAGAAAACCAACUUCUUUUUUUAAUAUGAGUAAACUUGUAUGUCUGUUUAUUUUAUAAAAUUAUUUGAAUUUUUUUUAAUGUCUGAAUAUGAAGGAGUUCUUGAUCCUAAAGAAAUUUAGUGGCACAUGAAACAAUGUGAAUUUGUUAGCAUAAUUAUUCCUCUUUUUAUUUCUUCAUUUUAAAUCAUUGCAAUGUAAAGUAAUAUUAUAAAAUGGUAAUUACACCAUAUUAUCAGUCAGUUUUCUUUCCAAUAAAACACUUAACUUUUGUUAUUCCCUCUAUAUAAAUAUAUAACAUACAUUUUCUAGAUUCACAAAUUUCAAUAAAUUACUCAAAAAAUGAAAAUGGUUUUGUAAACUUUUAUUUUUACUCUUUACGUUGAGUUGAUCAAUUUUCCAUACUAAGAUUUUCAUUCAGAAUCAAAAUUAAGCAAGUUGAAUUGAAAAUCUGAAAUAUGCUUAACUAUUGUUCUCUUCCUAUAAUUAUCUAAUUAUAACAUAGUAAGUGACACGUAGUUGGACAUGUACACUCAAGUCUAAGAAUAUAUGAGUGGAUCAUUUACCACCACACAACAUCUAUAAGGGGGAAACAGUAUUUUUCUAAUAAGUAUUCUUCUAUGGCAGUACCUGCAGAUCUGCCCUUCUUCUUCUAAAGGGUAAGUCAUUAUCUGUGUAAUACUACAAUUUAUGGGAUGCUCACUAUGCCCUGUUUCUCUUCUAAACAAUUUACAUGUGAUGUCUCAUUCCUCACAAUAACCCUUGUAAAGUGGGCAUUAUUACCAUGAUUUUUAUAGUUAAAGAACCUAAGACACAGUGACCAAGGCCCAUGAGCUCAUAGGGCUGAGGUAGGAUUUGGAAUCAGGCCAUGUCUUCUCCAGAGCCCACAUCCAUUCUUUCUCUAUAUUACCUCCCACAGAUGUGCUAAAAUUUCUUUAAUCCUUUAUCUGCUAUUUGUGUAGUCUCCCAUUUUUUAUUAUUACAAUAUUACUGUAGUGAACAUGCUUAAAAAUACAUUCCUUGGAUAUCUGACAAAAUGUUUCUGAAGAACAGACUUUCAUAAGUAAUAGUAAAAAUAAUAAUAAAAGUUUUGGUAUGGUAA